GAGGAAAUGGAUGUUGGUGCAAACAAAACGCACAGUGUGUUGUUGUCGUCGUCGUCGUCGUCGUCGUCGUCGUCGUCUCCAUGAGAAGUAGUUCGGGGUCGAGCGAGUCGAACGAUGCGCGGCGCCGUGGUUCUCCUCGGGCUGGUGGGGUUCAUCGGUCCCGCUGCCGAAGCCCUGGACAACGGCCUGGCGCUGCGGCCCACGAUGGGCUGGCUGCACUGGGAGAGGUUCAUGUGUCAGAUCGACUGUGACAGGGAUCCCGACAACUGCAUCAGUGAGCGUCUGUACAUGCAGAUGGCAGAUGUGAUGGUGAAGGAGGGCUGGAAAGAGGCCGGCUAUGAGUACGUCUGCAUCGAUGACUGCUGGCCGUCCCGUCAGCGUGACGCCCAGGGGCGCCUGCAGGCAGACCCCAAAAGAUUCCCCGGGGGCAUCAAGAAACUGGCUGACUAUAUCCACUCUAAGGGUCUGAAGCUGGGCAUCUAUGCAGAUGUUGGGAAAAAGACCUGUGCUGGAUACCCGGGCAGUCUGGGAUACUAUGAAACAGAUGCUCAGACUUUUGCCGACUGGACCGUGGACCUGCUCAAAUUCGACGGCUGCUACAUGGACUGGACCUUGCUGGGAGAAGGAUACAUGAACAUGUCAAAAGCACUGAACAAAACUGGAAGAAGCAUCCUGUACUCCUGCGAGUGGCCGUUAUACGAGUGGCCUUUCAAACAGCCUAACUACACAGCCAUUCGUGAGACAUGUAACCACUGGCGCAACUUCAAUGAUGUGUACGACUCAUGGAGCUCUGUCAAAUCCAUCUUGGACUGGACCGCUUCUCAUCAAGACGUCAUCGUCCCCUCGGCUGGAUCUGGGGGCUGGAAUGACCCCGAUAUGCUGGUCAUCGGGAACUUUGGCCUAAGUCACGACCAGCAGGAGUCUCAGAUGGCAUUAUGGGCCAUCAUGGCAGCUCCUCUGCUCAUGUCCAACGACCCGAGGGACAUCUGCCCUCGCUCCAAGGAGCUGUUGCAGAACAGACGCAUCAUAGACAUCAGCCAGGACCCACUGGGAAAGCAGGGAUACCGCACUGCCAAGGUGGACAGUUUUGAAGUGUGGGAGAGGCCUCUGUCUCAGAACCGGCUGGCUAUCGCUGUUAUGAACCAACAGGAGAUCGGCGGCGCCCGAGGGUUCGUCAUCAGAGCGGUUCCUGGCUGGAAAAUCUGUGACCCCCUAUGUAACGUCACACAGAUCCUGCCUCAGUACAAGGAGUUGGGUGUUCAGACUCCGAAAAGCAAACUGGUUAUUUCUGCCAACCCUUCAGGCACCGCUCUACUCACCGUCACUCCCAUCAGUAGUAACUUUAGAAGGAUGCUGUACAGGCAGGACGCAAUCAAACAGAAGUACACCAAUUUGUAAUCCACUGGUGGUUUUGCACUUUAUCUGCUUGCUCUAUAUUUAGUGUAGUGUAACUGUUUGGCUACAUCGGCUGCUUUUCAUGUUUAAUAAAUCACUGGAAUUUUUUGGGAUACUUAAUGUCCAGAGGGAAAUCUAUCUACAGUCCAGUGUGUAGGAUUUAGCAAAGAUCGAAUAUUUGUAAUCACCUGAAUUAAAGAAACAUGUUUUGAUUCUAUAGAAUAAGUCCUUUUUAUCCACAUCAGGAGCAGGUCUUCGUCCAUGGAGUCGACCAUGUUUCAUCAGCAGCCGAGAACAGAAUGGAUCUGGAGGGGGCAUUGAGUUUUUUGUUGCCUUAAGGCCAGUGUGGGUUCUCCCACACUUUGAAAGGCAGGGGUUUUCAGUUGGUUGCAAUAUACAAUUUCACUGCAAGGACAAAGCUUGAAUUUUGUACAUUCAUCACGCAUCAUGAAAAUAAAGGAAAACAGGACAACUUAA